AAAACGGGAACAAACCGCGAGAAAAACCAAAUAUUCUCCGUUAACAUCCCCCACUGGUGAUGUCACCGCUGACAGGGGGAAAUACUCGGCUCUCGGGGGCUGUCACGGGUGUCCCCGGCGCUGGCACCGCCCCGGCCCCGGCCCCGGCCCCGUCCCCGCCCCGGGCGGGUCCCGCCGCGUCCCGCAGCCGGAGCGCGGAGCCGCCGCACGCAGGUUUUGGACCAGGAUUUGCUCUUUGGCACCGGAGCUGUCAGCUCUGCUGGGCAGGAAAAAUGUCAGACGGUUUCUCUUUAUCUGAUGCCUUGGCCAACAGCAACAACCCAGCCCCCUGUGCCCCCCCAGCCCAGGGCUGGCCCUCCUGGGGCAACCAGCCAGCAGCUCCUGGUGCCUUCCCAGGGUAUCCUGGAGCACCUGGAGCCUACCCUGGAGCACCUGGAGCCUAUCCUGGAGCACCUGGAGCAUACCCUGGAGCCCCAGGAACCUGUAAUCCAGGACCUGGAGCAUACCCUGCAGCACCAGGAGCUUAUCCUGGAGCACCUGGAGCUUAUCCUGGAGGACCAGCAGGACCAGGAGCAUAUCCAGGAGCACCUGGAGCAUUCCCUGGAGCUCCACCAGCAACAGGGCCAUAUCCUACCCCAGGACAACCAUCCAGUGGCCCUGGCUUUGGGCCUUCUGCUCCUCAGGGAGGACCAACAGCUCCCCAGGGAGGACCAACAGCUCCGCAGGGAGGACCAACCCCUCCAAUGAAAGUCCCCUUUGAGCUGCCCCUGCAGGCAGGACUCGUCCCUCGGCUGCUCAUCACCAUCACUGGGACUGUGAACCCCAACCCAAACAGGUUUUCACUGGAUUUCAAGAGAGGGAAUGAUGUUGCCUUCCACUUCAACCCCCGCUUCAACGAAGACAACAGGAAAGUCAUCGUCUGCAAUUCCAUGUUCCAAAAUACCUGGGGGAAGGAGGAGAGGACAGCUCCCAGGUUUCCAUUUGAAGCUGGAAAACCCUUCAAGCUCCAGGUCCUUUGUGAGACGGAUCACUUCAAGGUGGCCGUGAAUGAUGCACACCUGCUGCAGUACAACUUCCGUGAGAAGAGGCUGAACGAGGUCACCAAGCUCUGCAUCGGGGGGGACAUCGCCCUCACCAGCGUGGUGCCCACCAUGAUAUAACUGGGGGGGCUCUGGGCAAACCCUGCUCUUUUAUGGUGUAACACAAGUGCCUUCUCACCAGCUCACUGUGAGGUAAUAAAACAUUUAACCUGUAAAAUUGGGUUUAAUCAU